UGACAAUGCGCGAGAUAUCUGACAGGUUCCCGCGAAAUUUCCAGAUUUCUCUUGUGCAGAUAAUAAUAUCAAGAAGUUAUGUCUAUCAAAGAUAACAUAUCGAAUCCAAAUCUUCCAUGGGUAGAAAAAUACAGACCAAAACAGUUAGAUGAUCUAAUAUCUCAUGCUGAUAUUAUUAAUACAAUUAGUAAAUUUGUAAAAGAAGAUCGACUUCCACAUCUGUUAUUUUAUGGGCCUCCAGGAACUGGCAAAACAUCUACCAUUUUAGCUGUAGCCAAACAAAUUUAUUCACCAAAAGAAUUUAACUCCAUGGUGUUGGAGUUAAAUGCAUCAGAUGAUCGAGGUAUUGGCAUUGUAAGAGGACAAGUUCUAAGCUUUGCUAGUACAAGAACCAUAUUUAAGUCUGGUUUUAAGAUUGUUAUAUUAGAUGAAGCUGAUGCUAUGACCAAUGAUGCACAAAAUGCUUUAAGAAGAGUGAUAGAAAAAUUUACGGAGAAUACAAGAUUUUGUAUAAUCUGUAAUUAUUUAUCAAAGAUAAUACCAGCUCUACAGUCGAGAUGUACACGAUUCCGCUUUGGUCCGCUUACAACAGAUCAGAUGGUACCUAGAUUAGAAUAUGUUACAGGUCAAGAAGCAAUAAAAGUAUCAUCUGAUGGAAUGAAAGCAUGUGUGACUUUAGCAUCAGGUGACAUGAGAAAAGCAUUAAAUAUAUUACAGAGUACGUCUAUGGCAUUUGAUGAAGUAAAUGAAGAUAAUGUAUAUACCUGUGUAGGACAUCCAUUAAGACGUGAUAUUGAAAAUAUAGUCAACUGGAUACUUAAUGAAAAUUUUACAACAGCUUAUAAAAAUUUAACAGAAGUUAAAACAGCAAAGGGUUUAGCGUUACAAGAUGUUCUUACAGAAAUACAUCAAUAUGUACAUAGAAUUGAUCUACCUGUGAAAGUUAAAAUGCAUCUGCUUGAAAAAAUGGCGGAUAUAGAGUACCGUCUAGCCUUAGGUACCAGUGAAAAAAUACAGAUGUCUUCUAUGAUAGCAGCAUUUCAAGCAGCAAGAGAUCUCAUAACACAAGAUGCUUAAUUCUACAAAAAAUCCACAAAUAUAGCAUUUCUGUUUACUGUCUACAAUCUACAAAUACAAAAUGUUACAAAUUUUGAAAAUUGAACUGUUUUUAACUGCUGAAUAGGAACAGGGACAUACUACAAUUUUGGUAUUUGUUCAUUGAGCAGCAUAUUUUGAACAUUUACUAGUGAAAUGUGAGAAGAAAGUGUAUGAAAAUUUGUUAACAGAAGAUGGGGCAAAGUAUCACUGUGAAUAAUGUGAAUUAAAGACAUAGUUAUCUGUGUUAAUGUAGGCGUAUAUUGUCAUCCUUGUCUGUCUAUCCUCACUUGUAUCUACAUACAUUGCAGUGUUGAUUUCUUCAAACUGAUUUUCACAAAUUUGUCAGGAAUAAACUGUUUGGCAAGAAUAAUUCCAUACUUUUUGCCCCUUACUAUUAUGAUUGUUGAUCAAAGUACAGUACUGUGUCUAAUUUGUACUUUAUUCUGAAGUUAUUUUCUGAAAAUGUUUAGCAGUUGUAGUGGUUUAUUGAUCAUCCUUAUGGAUUCUGAAAAUAUUCCUUAAAUAGGUUUCAAGAGUUGUUUCCCAUGGUAUAAGGGUCAUCAAAGUAAUUUGGAAUAUCAACUUUGUUGAGCAUAUCUGUUCCUUUUGUCAACCGUUACUAUAUGUAAUUAUGAAAAAUACGUGAAAAUAAAAAAAUUAUAUAUUA